ACGUGCGUUCGGGUGACGCUCGAGGCUCCAAGUUGGCGCGUAGUUUGUGCGUUUUUCAUCACUUUGGAUAAACGGAGAAGCUUUAUACAGAGGCAGAAGACAUGGAUGGUGUUGCUAAAGCCAACAAGCUGGCGGAGGAAAUGUCCAGGUUCGAGCAGGAGAUAUUGGGUGCUGCGGAGUCGGCACCAAAAGGCCCCUCCACCGGUCCUCCUCCAAUCUCCACACCAAACACCAGCACUCUGCAACUUCCGUCACAAUUCUUCCCUCGGCCACCCAGACCCCCUGGAUUCUCUGGACCCCCUGGACCUCCUCCGGGCAUCCCCCGCCACCCCGGACCCCCUGGUCCCCCUCCUGGUGUCCCAGGCAGACCUGGUCUCCCUCCCCAUGGUGGACCAAGACCUCUCAUGCCUCCGAGACCACCACCAGGACCCCCGGGACCUCGGUUCCAGAUGCCACCCGGUCCCCCGAUGGGACCUCCUCCCAACAUGAUGAAUGGACCCCCUCCUCCCAGAAGACCCCCUCCUCCCCCGGGGGGCAUGCCCCCGCAGAUGCGACCCCCCAUGUCUGCCAUGCCCCCUCCCCAUCCCCACAUGUCUCAGCCUCCUCCUCCCCCUCCUCCCCGACCUCCCCUACAGCAACCACCACAUGCAGAGCACCGGGUAAUGGCACAGUCACUGCCCCCACCUCUAGCUGCCCUGACUGCUCCAUUGUCGGCCCCUCCUCCUCAUCUGGUGCCCUCCUACCAGCAGCCACUCAAACCAGCCGUCCUCCCCACCCCUCCUCCUGGCUUCCCCUCCUCCUCCUCCAAAUAUGGUGCCUCCAGGAGUGCAGGUACAACACACGGUACUAGGAUCGUCAACCCUUGGUGUAGUUGUGCAGUGAGUGUCACAGUAAAAUACUUAGUGGUGGAUGUGCUGCACCCUAUUCUGCCUUACUACAUAAGUCACCUGCAGCGCAGUGAUAAUUAUAUUAUUGUUGAAAUUUGUUAUUAUCAUAGUUGGGAAAACUUAUGCAAGAACGAUGGUGUACCAGGACCAGUUUUUAUUCAUGUAAUACGUGCAAUACUGUUGUCUGUGUGUCCUAUGUAUGUAUGUAGUAGAAGGUUACUCUGAAGGGGCUGAGGGAGGUGUCGUGGAGGCCGGUCUGCUCCCUGUGCCAAAAAAACCUCCAAAGGGUAUCAAGACGGACGUGACCAAGCUACGGUUGGGCGGCGGUCAGGUGUGGCAGGACCACUCCCUGGAGGACUGGGACCCCAAUGACUUCAGGAUAUUUGUGGGAGACCUUGGUAACGAUGUGAACGACGACCUCCUGGCAAGGACCUUCUCCAAGUACCCAUCAUUCCUCAAGGCGAGAGUCAUAAGAGACAAGUGGACCAAAAAGACCAAGGGCUACGGAUUUGUCAGUUUCAAAGACCCGCACGACUUCAUACAGGCCAUGAGAGAAAUGAACGGGAGGUACAUUGGGAAUCGGCCAAUGAGGUUGCGCAAGAGUACGUGGAAGGACCGGAACUUCUUGGAGGUGAAGAAGAAGGAGAAGAGCAAGAAGAGACUGGGGUUCAAGGUCUAGCAUUGUGACUAAUGGUGUCGUAUUUCUCUUCUUGGCUCGCUCUCUCUCUCUCUUGCUCCCUCUAUCCCUUUCUUUAAUUUGCUGCUGAACAUCACAAUGUUAUAUAGUAUAAUUAUUACACCCACCGAUUAUGCGCAGGACAUGGU